AUGGCUGUUGCAACCAAUUGCUCCGCGACCGAACGGGUUGAAACCACCAUGAAGCAUAGCCACCAGGGCGAGAUAAUGAAGCAAGAUGACACCAAUUCUAUCGAAGAUGGUGAGUUAUGGGCCUCAUCAGGUGUUUUGAACGUCGUCGUCUCGGGACUGGGACUCUUCAGUGAUGGCUAUAAUGCUCAGAUGAUCGGCUACAUGGAGCCUUUGUUCUCUGUCUUCAUUAGGUAUAAAAAUACCAUGUCCUCAAACAUCAAAACCAGACUAUCCAAUUCCUUUCUUAUUGGAGAGAUCUUUGGUAUGCUCUUCUUCGGUGCUUUAAUUGACCGAGUAGGAAGACGGACAGGAGUGGUGGCUACUACCUUGUUCUUGGUGCUUGGUAUCAUCUUGUCUGCUGCAGCACACGGUACCUCGGAGUUGGGAAUCUUUUGGAUGAUGAUUGUUGCUCGCGGUAUCGCUGGCUUCGGAGCUGGUGGCGAGUAUCCUGUCUGCGCAACCAGCGCAACUGAGGCGGCUGAUGAGACCGCCAAUCUUCGGAAGAAGAGAGGAUUUCUGGUCGCGUCAACCACAGAUUUUGCUGUGGAUAUGGGCUUCGUGGCCGCCGGUAUUGUGGCCCUCAUUGUUCUCGCUUGCUUCCACCAGGAUGUCAAAAGUGGGGUUUGGAGAGUCUGUUUUGGGCUUGGUUUUGUGAUCCCUGUUUUCAUGUGUUUCUUUCGGAUUCGCAUGAUCAAUUCGAAGCAAUAUCGCAAGCACGCUAUCAAGUCGCGAUACCCAUAUUGGCUUGUCCUUCGGAGGUAUUGGAAACCGAUACUGGGAACCUCUCUCGCUUGGUUCUGCUACGACUUUGUCACGUAUCCGUUUGGACUUUUCACUUCCACCAUCAUCUCUCAACUCAGCCCAAACAAUACAACAGUGGAAAAUAUUGGUUACGGAACGGUUGUUAAUUGCUUCUAUCUCCCAGGCUGCCUACUGGGAGGGCUCCUGAUGGAUAAAAUUGGAAGGAAGCAGAACAUGACUCUCGGCUUCGUGCUCUGGGGUAUAUGGGGCUUCAUAUUGGGCGGCGCUCUUCGCCCGAUACAGUCAGUAUUCCCGUUGUUCGUCGUUAUGUACGGCAUUUUCAACGCCCUGGGUGAGAUGGGCCCCGGUGUGUCGACCUUUCUGUGCGCCGCAGAGUCAUUCCCCACCCCUCUUCGUGGUCACUUCCUUGGUCUGGCCGCUGCAGUAGGAAAGGCGGGCGCAUCAAUCGGGACUGAAGUAUUUACGCCCAUUCAGGACUCGUUCUCAUCUACCGAAAAAGGUCAACAAGCCGUCUUCCUGAUAGGGUCGGCUUUCUGUAUGGUUGGCGCGUUGAUAGCGUGGUUCCUGAUCCCGGAUAUGUCGCGAGAGCUGGAAACCGAGGAUGCCAGGUUCAAGGCGUAUUUGGAAGAGAACGGGUACGACAUCAGCUCAUAUGGGGAGGCGCUCUGCGUGGAGCAAAAAAUAGAUAGUUAG